UUCAAUUAAGAUAAUUAUUGUGUGCCACCCCCUCUCAUCUACUUCGCUUCUGCAACUAAUUUUUUCUUUUAAAAAUUCACUCUGCAUAUAGAUUUGCAUGUUCUCACUCUGCUGAAUUUAUUCUCCCCCUUUUCUCUUAAAUGCCAUUUGCUGCGGAAUAAAAUUUUCUUCAAAUUUAUAUGACGCAAGAAAGCCACUUGUGCUAGUAAAAGAUUGUAUUUUGCAUCAUUUCCCCUCCUGGGCUUGUUUGAUUAGAGGCCACAAGAUGUCAGAAGCGCAGAGGCGGCCAAUCGCGGUCAGUGUCUGGCCGACUAACGGGUAUGUAAAUGGAGCCAUUCCAUCGAGGUCUCCCACCGUGAUACCUGAAGUGGACGAGUUCUGUCAAGCCCUCGGAGGAAGGAGGGCGAUUCAUAGUAUCUUGAUUGCCAACAAUGGGAUGGCGGCUGUCAAGUUUAUACGUAGUAUUAGGACGUGGGCGUAUGAGACGUUUGGCACUGACAAGGCGAUCUUGUUGGUGGCAAUGGCUACUCCCGAGGACAUGAGGAUCAAUGCAGAGCAUAUUAGGAUAGCCGAUCAGUUUGUAGAAGUUCCUGGUGGGACUAACAAUAACAAUUAUGCUAACGUGCAGCUCAUAGUCGAGAUGGCAGAGAUGACACACGUUGAUGCCGUGUGGCCUGGUUGGGGCCAUGCAUCCGAGAAUCCAGAGCUACCCGAUGCUUUGGGUGCAAAAGGCAUCAUAUUUCUCGGGCCACCAGCUGCAUCCAUGGCUGCGUUGGGAGAUAAAAUAGGGUCAUCUUUGAUUGCACAAGCUGCAACUGUGCCGACUCUUCCAUGGAGUGGCUCUCAUGUAAAAAUUCCUCAAGAGAGCUGCAUCACGAUUCCAGAUGAGAUUUAUCAAGAAGCAUGUGUUCAUUCAACUGAAGAAGCCAUUGCUAGCUGUCAAGUUGUGGGUUACCCCGCAAUGAUCAAGGCAUCUUGGGGUGGAGGCGGCAAAGGCAUAAGAAAGGUCCACAACGAUGACGAGGUCAAGGCUUUGUUCAAGCAAGUCCAGGGCGAAGUUCCCGGCUCCCCCAUAUUUAUAAUGAAAGUUGCCUCACAGAGCCGACAUCUCGAAGUCCAACUGCUCUGUGAUCAACAUGGAAAUGUUGUAGCUUUGCAUAGCAGGGAUUGCAGUGUCCAAAGACGACACCAGAAAAUCAUCGAAGAGGGCCCAAUCACUGUGGCUCCCAUUGAAACAGUAAAGAAACUAGAGCAGGCUGCUAGAAGGUUGGCCAAAAGUGUAAAUUAUGUUGGUGCCGCAACUGUGGAGUAUCUGUACAGUAUGGAAACAGGGGAAUAUUACUUUUUGGAGCUAAACCCGCGGCUACAGGUGGAGCACCCCGUCACAGAGUGGAUAGCUGAGAUAAAUCUUCCUGCUGCACAAGUCGUGGUUGGGAUGGGUAUCCCUCUUUGGCAAAUUCCAGAGAUACGGAGAUUCUAUGGGAUGGAACGUGGUGGAGGAUAUGAUUCUUGGAGGAAAACGUCUCUCUCUGCCACUCCGUUUGAUUUCGACAAGGCUGAGUCGAUGAGACAUAAAGGUCACUGUGUGGCAGUUCGUGUGACCAGUGAAGAUCCUGAUGAUGGUUUCAAGCCAACGAGCGGAAGAGUACAGGAGUUGAGCUUCAAAAGUAAGCCGAACGUGUGGGCGUACUUUUCUGUCAAGUCUGGAGGCGGCAUUCAUGAAUUUUCAGACUCCCAAUUUGGACAUGUAUUUGCUUUUGGAGAGUCUCGAGCUCUGGCCAUCUCAAAUAUGGUUCUUGGGCUUAAAGAAAUUCAGAUUAGAGGAGAAAUUCGAACGAAUGUGGAUUACUCUAUCGAUCUGUUAAAUGCCGUAGAUUACAAGGAAAACAAAAUCCAUACAGGGUGGCUCGAUAGCAGAAUCGCAAUGAGGGUCCGAGCAGAACGACCCCCUUGGUAUCUUUCAGUUGUCGGUGGAGCUCUUUACAAAGCUUCUGCUAGUAGUGCAGCCACAGUUUCGGAAUAUGUUGGUUAUCUUGAAAAAGGACAGAUUCCUCCAAAGCAUAUUUCGCUGGUCAAUUCUCAAGUUUCACUAAAUAUUGAAGGAAGCAAAUAUACAAUUAAUAUGGUUAGAGGAGGACCUGGAAGCUAUAGAUUAAUGAUGAACAGCUCCGAGAUCGAAGCUGAAAUACAUACACUACAAGAUGGAGGUCUAUUAAUGCAGCUUGAUGGAAACAGUCACGUGAUAUAUGCUGAAGAGGAAGCAGCGGGCACCCGUCUUCUCAUUGAUGGAAGGACUUGUUUGCUUCAGAACGAUCACGACCCGUCCAAGUUGAUUGCGGAGACACCGUGCAAGCUACUCCGGUAUCUUGUCACGGAUGGCAGCCACGUCGAUGCCGACACACCUUAUGCGGAAGUUGAGGUCAUGAAGAUGUGCAUGCCCCUUCUCUCGCCUGCUUCCGGAAAGAUCCAGUUCAAGAUCUCCGAAGGUCAAGCGAUGCAGGCCGGGGAGCUUAUAGCAAGACUCGACUUGGAUGACCCUUCGGCUGUGAGGAAAGCAGAACCCUUCCAUGGUAGCUUUCCUGUUCUCGGACCUCCAACGGCCAUAUCCGGUAAAGUUCACCAACGGUGUGCUGCAAGCUUGAAUGCAGCUCGGAUGGUUCUUGCUGGAUACGAGCAUAAGAUUGACGAAGUAGUUCAAAAUUUGCUUAGUUGCUUGGACAAUCCUGAGCUCCCGUUCUUGCAGUGGCAAGAAUGCUUUGCUGUCCUAGCAAACAGACUACCUAAAGAGCUUAGAUACGAGUUAGAAACGAGCUAUAGGGAGUUUGAGGGAAUCGCCAAUAUGCAAAAUGCCGAUUUCCCUGCAAGAGUCUUACGUGGAAUUCUUGAGGCCCAUUUGAGCUACUGUCCCGAGAAAGAGAAAGUAGCCCAAGAACGGUUGGUCGAGCCUCUGAUGAGUCUUGUCAAAUCUUACGAGCGAGGCCGAGAAGGCCAUGCCCGCAUCAUAGUCCAGGGCCUUUUCGAAAACUAUUUAUCCGUUGAAGAAUUAUUCAAUGAUAAUAUUCAGGCUGAUGUGAUCGAACGUUUAAGACUCCAAUACAAGAAAGAUCUCCUCAAAAUCGUGGACAUUGUACUUUCUCAUCAGGGCAUCAGGAGCAAAAAUAAGCUGAUACUACGUCUUAUGGAACAACUUGUGUACCCAAACCCCGCUGCAUAUCGUGAUCAACUAAUCCGCUUCUCGUCACUCAACCAUACAAACUACUCCGAGUUAGCACUGAAGGCUAGUCAACUGCUCGAGCAGACUAAACUUAGUGAGCUUCGUUCAAAUAUUGCCAGAAGUCUCUCGGAGUUAGAAAUGUUCACAGAAGAAGGCGAGAACAUGGAUACUCCGAAGAGGAAAAGUGCAAUAAACGAACGGAUGGAAGCUCUUGUCUAUGCCCCUUUGGCUGUUGAAGAUGCUCUUGUCGGUCUUUUCGAUCACAGUGAUCAUACGCUUCAACGCAGGGUCGUCGAGACUUAUGUUCGCAGAUUGUAUCAGCCAUAUCUCGUAAAGGGAAGUGUUAGGAUGCAGUGGCACAGAGCCGGACUUAUUGCAUCAUGGCAGUUCUUGGACGAGCAUGUAGAGCAGAAGAAUGUGUAUGAAGACGAGAUUUCGGAUGAGCCAUCGAACAUUAGGAAGUGGGGAGCGAUGGUUGUCAUCAAAUCUCUUCAGCUCUUGCCUAUGAUUAUAACCGCAGCACUGAGGGAAGCAACACAUAAUUCACAAGCUGAAAGUACUAACGACUCAAUUCAUCUGGGAAACGGUAAUAUGAUGCACAUUGCGUUGGCCGGCAUCAGCAACCCAAUGAGUCUACUUCAGGAUAGUGGUGAUGAGGAUCAGGCUCAGGAGAGAGUCAACAAGCUAGCGAAAAUUCUCAAGGAGAAAGAAGUGAGCUUGAGCCUGAGAAAAGCUGGGGUUGGCGUUGUCAGCUGUAUUAUACAGAGAGACGAAGGGAGGGGACCAAUGAGGCACUCAUUCCAUUGGUCCGACGAAAAACUCUACUACGAGGAGGAGCCUCUAUUGCGUCACUUGGAGCCACCUCUAUCCAUUUACCUCGAGCUGGAUAAAUUGAAAGAUUAUGAAAACAUACGGUACACUCCUUCUCGGGAUCGUCAGUGGCACCUCUAUACUGUUACAGACAAGCCGCGUCCAAUCCAAAGAAUGUUCCUGCGAACAUUCGUGAGGCAGCCCAUAUCGAACGAAGGUCUGACGGUACUGGAUCAGGUCACGACUCAGUCUCUGUGGACUCUAUCCUUCACGUCGAGGAGCAUUUUAAGAUCCAUAAUAUCUGCAAUGGAGGAGCUUGAACUCAACUCCCAUAACUCCACUCUCAAGCCCGAUCACGCACAUAUGUACCUCUAUAUUUUGCGAGAGCAACAGAUCGGCGAUCUUUUACCUUACCAGAAAAGGGCUGACAUAGCCGCCGACCAAGAAGAAGCUGCUGUUGAGAAAAUCCUGGAUGAGCUAGCGAAGGAAAUUAAUGUGUCGGUUGGCGUCAAAAUGCAUCGUUUAGGUGUGUGUGAGUGGGAAGUGAAGCUUUGGAUAUCGUCGAAUGGAGAAGCGAACGGAGCUUGGAGAGUCGUUGUCACAAAUGUGACUGGUCACACCUGCAUUGUCAAUACCUAUAGAGAAGUCGAGGAUUCCACCACGGACAGAGCAGUCUACACUUCCAUCUCAGGACAAGGUCCAUUGCACGGGCUGCCUGUGAAUGCACCGUACAAACCGUUGGGAGUUCUCGACCAGAAGCGUCUCCUAGCCCGGAAGAGUAACACAACUUAUUGCUAUGAUUUCCCACUGGCGUUUGAGGCGGCUUUGAACAAAUCAUGGUCCGAGCAUCCGAGGAUUAGCAAGCCUAUCGAUAAACCAUUAAUUAAGGUAACGGAGUUGACGUUCUCUGAUAAGCAGGGUACUUGGGGUACUCCUCUCAUUCCGGAAGAGCGGCCGCCUGGGCUUAACGAGGUUGGGAUGGUAGCUUGGCGCAUGGAAAUGUCGACUCCUGAGUUCCCUUCCGGAAGGACAAUUUUCAUUGUAUCGAAUGACGUUACCUUUAAAAAUGGUUCGUUUGGUCCAAGAGAAGAUGCUUUUUUCAAGGCAGUGACUGACGUUGCGUGCGCUCAGAGACUGCCUCUUAUUUAUCUCGCAGCCAAUUCAGGGGCUCGUAUCGGUGUAGCCGAGGAAGUAAAGUCUUGCUUUAAAGUCGGUUGGUCCGAUGAAACCAACCCGGAGCGUGGUUUCCAAUAUGUUUAUCUGACCCCUGAGGAUUAUGCUCGUAUCAAUGCAUCUGUGAUAGCGCACGAGGUGAAGCUUCAGAGUGGAGAAACUCGAUGGGUGAUUGAUACGAUUGUAGGGAAGGAGGAUGGUCUAGGAGUCGAGAAUUUGACGGGAAGUGGUGCUAUCGCGAGUGCGUAUUCGAAGGCCUAUCAUGAAACAUUUACGGUGACAUAUGUGACCGGAAGAACCGUUGGUAUCGGUGCUUAUCUUGCCCGUCUUGGCAUGCGUUGCAUACAAAGACUCGAUCAGCCGAUCAUCCUGACCGGUUUCUCAGCGCUAAACAAGCUUCUCGGUCGGGAGGUGUAUAGCUCCCACAUGCAACUCGGCGGACCUAAAAUUAUGGCGACAAACGGAGUAGUUCAUCUCACAGUCUCGGACGAUCUCGAGGGCGUUUCAGCGAUUUUAAAGUGGUUAAGCUUCGUCCCACCAUAUUCUGGCGGUCCGCUUCCGAUUUUGAGCCUGUCGGAUCCCCCCGAGAGGCUAGUCGAAUAUCUACCAGAGACGUCAUGUGAUCCCCGUGCUGCUAUUUGUGGUGCCAUGGAUGGUGCCGGGAAAUGGCUGGGAGGUAUGUUCGAUCGGGAUAGCUUCAUCGAGACGUUGGAAGGCUGGGCGAGGACGGUCGUGACGGGACGCGCGAAGCUUGGAGGAAUACCAGUAGGGAUCGUCGCUGUCGAGACUCAAACGAUGAUGCAAGUCAUCCCUGCUGACCCGGGGCAGCUCGAUUCUCACGAGAGGGUCGUUCCGCAAGCCGGGCAGGUAUGGUUUCCCGAUUCCGCGACGAAGACUGCUCAAGCGUUGAUGGAUUUUAACAAGGAAGAGCUUCCGCUCUUCAUUCUUGCCAACUGGAGAGGCUUUUCUGGCGGACAACGGGAUCUCUUCGAAGGUAUCCUACAAGCGGGGUCCACUAUCGUCGAGAACCUUAGAACAUACGGACAGCCCGUCUUCAUCUACAUACCUAUGAUGGGCGAGCUCCGCGGUGGAGCAUGGGUGGUCGUGGACAGUAAGAUCAACCCCGAUCACAUCGAGAUGUAUGCUGAACGAACCGCUAGAGGGAACGUGCUCGAGCCAGAAGGUCUGAUCGAGAUCAAGUUUAGAUCGAGGGAACUGCUCGAGUGUAUGGGCCGGCUCGACCCGGAGCUCAUCAAUCUCAAGUCUCGACUCCAGGAGGUUAGGAACUCUGGGACAUCCGCGACGGAAGAGUUACAGAGUCAGAUCAAAGCCCGAGAAAAGAAGCUUCUACCGAUAUACACUCAGAUAGCCACAAAAUUCGCUGAACUCCACGACACUUCGCUUCGAAUGGCUGCGAAAGGGGUGAUCAAUCAAGUGGUCGACUGGCCAAAAUCGCGCUCCUUCUUCUACCAGAGACUGCACAGGCGAGUAGGCGAGGAUGAGCUAGUCAAGACUCUGAGAGACGCAGCUGGCCAUCGUCUUGAAUAUGGGUCUGCUAGGGACAUGAUCAAGGAUUGGUUCGUGAGCUCGGAGAUUGCUGGAGGCAAGGAGAGUGCGUGGGCAGACGACAAGGCUUUCUUCUCAUGGAAGGACGACACAAGAAGCUACAACGAGAAGCUGCAUAAUCUGCGCGUGCAGAAGAUGCUGCAGCAGCUGUCCACGCUCGAAAACUCUACUGAGGAUCUACGAGCACUGCCUCAAGCCCUCGCCGCACUGCUAGCAAAGAUGGAUAUUUCAAUGAGGGGCGAGCUGAGAGACGAACUCAGGAAGGCGCUCGACUGAUUCAGACGUAGCGACUGCAGCGGGCCCUCGACCUCGACUUGACAGGACAUGGCUUCUCUUGCAAGAUUAGAUGAGCAGGAGGGUAGAUCUUGGCAUGUAAUAUGCUAUUUAUAUGAGAUCUUGAAGUAAAUCAAGGCUCCAUUGCUUGAGCGCACUCCAUUUGUAAAAUGAAAUUAUUAUUUUUUGGUUAAGUUUGUCACUAUAAACAAAAAGUUUCCCUCUAAAAUAUAUGAAUAAGAUUGAGUAGGGUGAGGGUAUAAAGAGAGAAUUUAUGGAAAGCUUGAGUUGUAAUUCUUCCUCCUAAUGCAAUGGCUUGUCGCUGAUAGAGUGAUAGUGCAGUGAUGAUGUUAUAAUUGAAAUAUACUAUCCCAUUAAAAAUGGAAUGUUUUCUUUUUUAAGUUA